AUGGCAGAGCGAAGAAAAGCUCUUUGUUCAGCGGCUCCAAACAACGCUUUCAUUUACUUCCACUGCCUCCGCCACAACGACGGCCCGCCGCUUUCACACACAGAGAACGCGGAGUCGGCGUUGAUAAAGUCACCGAUGAGCUGCAGCGCGAGUCUCAUGUCAUCGCUGGACUUGAUGAAAAAGCAGUGUUUGGCGUCUGGGACUCGGUCCUCUGCUCAUCUCAAACGGAGACUCGUCAGGAGGAGCAGGGUCGCGCCGUGGACGCAGCAGGACGCGGACAGCGAGUGUCAGCUGUGCAGGUGUUCCGUGAUUCCUACGUCUGGCAGUAGUCGCACAGUUCGACGGAUUCUGAUGGUCUGCCUCCUCUCUCUCCUGGCCCUGCUUGGCUCCGUGUCCAUUGACCUCAGCUCCAACUUUGAACUGCUGCACACGACAGGAGCCGCCUACGACGAACUGACUUCCUGCAGGACCAUGGCGAUCCUGCAACUUGUCGGCAAGCUUCAGACGAUGAGACGCUUGUUGGCCAAACAAACAGGCGGCGAGGUGUUUGAGAGCAGUUUCUCGGAGGCUGUAUCUCCCAUUUUGGAUCAUCUGUGUGGUGCAGGUCACAGAAACAGCCACGGACUCUCCUGUGGUGUCGAGUUGCCUGGACUUUGCCAAGAGGUGAGGACGAGCAUUCAAGGAUUUGUGGACAUGAACCGUACAAGUGAAAACAGCACUGCUGCUUUUACCUUGGUCAUUGAGAAGCUUCUGGACAUCUGGGGUCCUGUAGAAGAUACUUUAGUCAAAGUCAAACAGAGUUCUAGCUGGAGAGACGUCCUGUCCGCAAGGCUUCUCGUAACAUUUAUAGAGCUCAACCACCAGUUAAUGGACUUCCCCCAUCUAGCAGAUCACACUGACUUCCAGCACAAGUGGACUUCUAUCCUAAGCUGCCUGGUCUUUGCCAAAGUUCUGACAGAACAACUGGACGACUGCUGGUCAGAGAACAUAGACCUCAAGUUCAACUCCAGCCAACAUGUGAAACAUAGCUUUGACACAAGUUUGUGGCAGAUCUCUGGAGCAGAGCCACCGUUUCUGUCUGGGUCUCAUGUUGGGAUUCAAGCUCUGGCCAACACUCAGCAGUGUUUCUUUGAUACUGCGGUGCCAGCUCUCAGGUUGGCCUCUCGGGCUGUAUCCUCUGGCCUCAGUAUGAGGAUCUGCCUCCUGGCCAUCGCCUGCCUCAUCUACCCAGUGGUUAUGCUCUCUUUCAAGCAGAUGGCUGAGUGGAUACAGAAAUAUGCCCAAAGAUUGAAGGAGAAGAUGGAGGACCUGAAGCGCCAGAGGGAGCUGGCCGAAGACCUGCUGCAUCAAAUGUUACCCAAGUCGGUGGCCAAGCAGCUGCGCCAAAAUAAACACGUUGAAGCCGAAAGCUAUGACAAGGUGACCAUUUUCUUCUCGGACAUCGUGGGCUUCACGUCCAUCUCUGCGUCCUGUUCUCCUCUGCAGGUGGUGGAGAUGCUCAACAACCUCUACAUGUGCUUCGACACGCGCAUCGACUCCUACGACGUCUACAAGGUGGAGACGAUCGGGGACGCGUACAUGGUGGUGAGCGGCCUCCCCGAGAGAAACGGAGACAAGCACGCUGAUGAGAUCGCAAAGAUGGCGCUGGACUUGGUGGCGGCCGUCAGACAGAUCAUCGUCCCUCACAUGCCCAACCACAAACUGCAGCUCCGAGCUGGCAUUCACACAGGUCCAUGUGUGGCAGGAAUAGUGGGCUACAAGAUGCCACGGUACUGUCUGUUUGGAGAUACUGUCAACACAGCGUCCCGAAUGGAGUCCACCAGCCUGCCUCAGAAAAUCCACGUCAGCUCAGAAACCUACUUGGCUUUGGUCAGAGAAAAUGUCUACGAGCUGCAGCUUCGUGGAGAGAUUGAAGUGAAGGGUAAAGGAAAAAUGAACACAUACUGGCUGAUUGGCAAUAAGAACUACAGCGUUCAGAAUGACAGUCUGGUCUGCAACUGGCAUCCCGGCAUGGCCAAAAAGAAGAAGAUGGCGGCGGCGGCGGCAGGAAGCGAUGUCUCUGUGGCCACGUCGUCUGUGACAGUACAGAGCCUCAGUGAGUACACUUCCAACCCGGCCUCCCUUCCCUCCUCAAUGCUGAACCAAAGUCCAUCCCGACCCCGGAUGGAUAAUCCCGGCCUGAGUGUGGCAGUUCAGCCAGAACCGUCUGGAAGCAGCUUCAGCACCCUGGGCUCCAUGAUCGGACGGCUGCAGGGAGAUGAUCCGUCCAGUCGGCCAGCGUAGGAGCAGCAGUGGACACAGUCCAUUGGCCUGGUGUCUGACCUCAGCCCCAUCUUUUCCUGUUAUUAAGGACAAGAGUCAGUGGUUUGCGGAAUUUAAAACAACACUCUUACACAAGUCUAUUGUUUCUACAGAGUAUGAUCACUACUUUAUCAGA